CCUAUCUAUCUUCCUCGUCGUCGGUCCAUGGGUGGGCCACUUCCAGAUGGCGUUGACAUCAUGGAAAGCAUUCAACUUCUUCGACGUCUCCCCGGUGAAACUCCCGGAGGAGAGCUCCUCGAUCUUCAAUUCUGACAUCCUUUCCCUCUCGACCGGCUCUGCAAACCUCUUUCUCGGAUCCAGCGAUGGCUUUGUCCAUAUCAUCUCGACGAACUUCAAGCUUGUCCGGUCGUUCAAGGCAUCGGAGACGGGCUCCAUUGCACACAUCAGGCAAAUAGGAGGGACAUCUCUACUGGUAACAAUAGCGGAAGACCUUCCCAAUGAGCCGGUCGUGAAGGUCUGGGCUCUCGACAAGCCCGAGAAGAAGACCGGAGCCCCUCGAUGCCUGUCAACAACGUCAGUCCAGAAUGCAAGACGGAUGUUUCCCGUAUCGGCUUUCGCUGUCCUUGACGAUCUGUCGCAGGUGGCAGUUGGAUUUGCGAAUGGGUCCGUUACGAUAAUUCGCGGUGACUUGAUCCAUGACCGCGGUGCGCGACAGCGCAUCGUAUUCGAAUCAGAGGAACCGAUAACGGGGCUUGGCGUGCAGAGUGGACCAGUAUCGACAUUAUAUAUUUCCACGACAAGUCGCAUCCUGGCCCUGAUCAUCUCCGGUAGAGGACAGGGCCAGCCGGCCCGCGUGCUGGACGAUAUGGGCUGUGCUGUCGGUUGCCUGAGCUUGGAUAAAGACACAGGUGAUGUUCUUGUUGCCCGGGAGGAUGCGAUAUAUACAUACGGACCACACGGCCGUGGUCCCAGCUAUGCCUUCGAGAGCCGUAAAGACUUGAUCAAUACGUUUAAGGACUAUGUUUCUCUGGUUUGUCCGCCUAGAGAUACGGCUUCGAAGCCAGACACUUUGCGAAAUAUCGGUGUCAAUCAAGCCGACGAUAUUUUCAAGACGACCACAUUCACCCUGCUUGAUACCGAUCUGAAGUUCAUCGCGCACUCCGAGUCUCUCGUGUCUUCCGUGAAGAAUAUCUUCAUCGAAUGGGGGGAUCUGUUUCUCCUCACUACAGAUGGAAAGCUGUACCGAUAUCGCGAGAAAAGCCUCCAGCAGAAGCUUGAAAUCCUCUACCAGCGCAACCUCUACAUAUUAGCGAUCAACUUGGCACAGAAAACGGGCGUCGACACUCUUCAGCAAAACGCAAUCUACCGUAAAUAUGGUGACUUCCUCUACCAAAGAGGAGACUAUGAUACAGCUAUGCAACAGUACCUUAGAGCGAUCGAUAACACAGAGCCUUCCCAAGUGAUUCGAAAGUACCUCGAUACACAGCGUAUACACAACCUAAUCGAGUACCUGGAAGAACUCCAUGAUCAUGACCGAGCUACAGUUGACCAUACCACUCUGCUCCUAAAUUGCUAUGCAAAGCUGAAAGACACCGGCAAGCUUGAUGCCUUUAUCAAAGCACCUGGUGAGCUCAAGUUUGACCUGGAAACUGCAAUCGCUAUGUGUAGACAAGGUGGCUACUAUGAGCAAGCUGCGUACCUGGCUACAAAAUACGGCGAAAACGACAUAGUGGUUGAUAUCCUGAUCGAGGACUCUAAGAAAUAUGCAGAGGCCGUCGAGUACAUCUGGAGGUUAGACCCGGAGUUGGCCUACCAUAACCUGAUGAAGUAUGCCCGAGUUUUGCUAUCGAACUGCCCCGAGAAAACAACCGAGCUUUUCAUCAAGUACUACAAGGGCCAAUAUACUCCCAGGACCGAGGUGGAAGUGCCUCCGGCGGAACCACAAGCACAAACAAGCAGUACUUUACAAAGCUUAGCUGCUUUCCUUCCUCUGCCUCUGAUGAACGCUAGCGCGGGGCCGAAGCCAGAGGAAGUCGAAACAGUGCCUCCAGAAGAAGAUAAUACCGCGGAGCCCUCAACAGAUUAUCAAGUCCCAAAACCAAGGACUGCAUUUUCGGUUUUUGUGGGCCAUCCGGAUGAGUUUAUCUCAUUUCUAGAGGCGCUUAUUCAACAGGAGAACCUGAAAGAAGAUGAGAAGGUAGAUCUCUAUACGACGCUUUUCGAGAUGUACCUCGACACUGCCAGUCGAAAGAAAGAUGUUACGGAGAAAGUGGAGUGGGAAGAAAAGGCCGAGAAGCUCAUUGAGGGCAAGGAUAUACCGAUCUCCACCUCUAGUGUCCUUCUACUUUCUGAUCUGUCUGGCUUCCGCGAGGGCUCUACACUGGUGCGGGAGCAAGAAGGCCUCCUGUCCGACAUCUUUAGGUCGUUCACUUCUGCCAAGGAUACUCAGGGUGCCAUCAAGGCAUUGAAAAGAUACGGGCCAGAGAAACCUCAACUCUAUGUGGAUGCGCUCACGUAUUUUGCCUCGAGCCCUCGAAUCUUGGAGGAAGCUGGAGAUGAGCUAGAUGCUGUUCUCAAGAAAAUCGAUGAGGGAGGCCUCAUGACACCGCUUCAAGUUAUCCAAACCCUGAGCAACAACGCUGUUGUCACAAUGGGUCGCGUGAAGAAGUACCUCAGCGAGAACAUUGAGCGGGAACGCAAGGAGAUCUCUACGAAUCGCCGCUUGAUAUCCAGUUAUAGUACGGAGACCGAAAACAAAAGGAAGGAGCUUGAACAAUUGGGUAGCAAACCAGUCGUCUUCCAGGCCCGUCGAUGCAUGUCCUGUGGCGGCGCUCUAGACCUUCCUACAGUGCACUUCCUUUGCAAGCAUUCUUUCCAUCAAAGGUGUUUGAACAGAGUGGAUGAAGAUGCUGAAUGCCCUGUCUGCGCGCCGCAGAACUCGACGAUCAAGGCCAUCCGGAAGAGACAGGUUGAAUCGGCAGAUCAACACGAUCUUUUCAAGGGUGAGCUGCAACGUUCCAAGGACCGAUUCGCAGUGGUCAGCGAGUUUUUCGGCCGAGGUGUGAUGCGACCGCAGAGUACCAUGGAAUAAUGGGGCAUGUAACGAACUCGGAGAUACCUUUAUGUAGAUACAUCAUUCUGUUCGCGUUUUGUCGCUUCUGACCGCCCAUUUGUUGACAUUCCCCGCAAGGGAAAUGAUGCCUCAGGCAUCAGUACUUAUCAGCA